UAAAUUAUAUUAACAAUAAAAGAGGUACAACUAUUUAUCAUAAAAACAUCAAUUGUCAAAUCAGUUAACAUCAAUCAUUUUUUUUUUUAUUAUUUAUAAGAAUUAAAAUUAAAUUUUUCGUGGAUCAUGGAUUCUUUUAUGGAAUUUUAUUUCGAUGAAGUGUUCAGUACUAUGCAGCGCGAUGGUUUAAAUGCAAGAUUUAGAAGACGUGAAUUAGUGGAAUAUUUUAAUACUGUGAUUGCCGGAUGUGCCAAAGGUCAAAAUAAGUCAGAUAACGCAACAUGCAAAUCCUUCGUAUCCUCUGCACUUAGAUACCACAAUCGUUGCAAAAUAGAUAAUGGUGAUGUAUGUCUAAUGGGAAAAUACCAUAACCUUCUCUACAUAGCAAUGAAACUUGCUUUUGACUGGAGUCUACAAGAUAAUGGUACUGUGGCCGCUUUGUUAGAUGAAUUGUACGCUUGUGAAGGUACUUUUGAGAGAAUUUUUCUUGGAGCAAUUUUUGGCACGUCAGCACCAUAUUUUCUGGCGGGAUGGAAAUCUGAUUUUAUGGAUAAAGAAGAAAAUGUACACGCAUUAGUUUAUUUCUUGGACCACGCAACCAAUGCUAGUUUAGAGUAUAGAGACGGUAUCAAAAGUUAUCGCUUUAUAGAUGUUCCGCUAGAAAGUUGUGGAAAAGCAUCUCCCGUGAGAGUGGUGAUUCAAAUGGGAGCAUCGGAAAUACUAAUGAUUCUUUUAAGAUUCGGUGCCAGAAUAACUGCCGAUCAUGUUUCAACAAAUCCAAUAGAAUCAAUAUUAGACAGAUUAAAAGAAUAUAAUAGAAAAUAUCCGUAUGAACUUGUUUCGUGUCUCAAGUUAACCCUAAGAGCAGUACCGAGAAUUGAUUUAACAGUAGACAAAGCCACAUUAAAACAUUUGGAAUUGCCCCAAGAUUACAACUAUCAAAGAAAGUUAGCCUUAGAAAAGUAUGGUGAAAUACUGGACGAUCAUUUGGUCCCUACUUCCAGGUGUGGUAUCAGGCCAGUAGAAUUAAAGCAUCUCUGUAGAUGCCAAAUAAGAGAAAUGUUGUGGAAAAAUUUCGAACUCCCAUUUGGUAUUCAAAAAUUACCUAUACCUCCAGCAUUGAAAAAAUAUUUGGAUUUGUUUGAUGAUUAAAUCUUACACGAAAA